GAGUAUGCAGUGCCCACCCUAAGCUCCAGAGAGUUGCCUUUUACGGAGCGCAGCAGCACCAUGAAAUCCAAUCCUGCCAUCCAAGCUGCCAUUGACCUCACAGCAGGGGCUGCAGGGGGCACGGCAUGUGUACUGACCGGGCAGCCCUUUGACACGAUGAAGGUGAAGAUGCAGACGUUCCCCGACCUGUACCGGGGCCUCACUGACUGCUGCCUGAAGACCUACUCACAGGUGGGGUUCCGUGGCUUCUACAAGGGCACCAGCCCAGCGCUGAUUGCCAACAUUGCCGAGAACUCGGUGCUCUUCAUGUGCUAUGGCUUCUGCCAGCAGCUGGUGCGGAGAGUGGUUGGACUGGAGAGGCAGGCAAAGCUGAGCGACCUGCAGAACGCAGCCGCGGGCUCGGUGGCCUCUGCCUUUGCCGCGCUGGUGCUGUGCCCCACAGAGCUCGUGAAGUGCCGGCUGCAGACUAUGUUCGAGAUGGAGACGUCAGGCAAGAUAGCCAGCAGCCAGAAUACAGUUUGGUCCGUUGUGAAAGGUAUCCUUAGGAAGGAUGGUCCCUUGGGCUUCUACCAUGGACUCUCAAGCACUUUACUUCGGGAAGUACCAGGCUAUUUCUUCUUCUUUGGGGGCUAUGAACUGAGCCGGUCGUUUUUUGCAUCAGGGAGAUCAAAAGAUGAACUAGGCCCUGUCCCCUUGAUGUUAAGUGGUGGAGUUGGUGGAAUCUGCCUGUGGCUUGCUGUGUACCCAGUGGACUGUAUCAAAUCCAGAAUUCAGGUUCUUUCCAUGUCUGGAAAACAGGCAGGAUUUAUCGGAACCUUCCUAAGCGUUGUGAGAAACGAAGGAAUAACAGCUUUGUAUUCUGGACUGAAACCUACAAUGAUUCGAGCCUUCCCUGCCAAUGGCGCACUAUUUUUGGCCUACGAAUAUAGCAGGAAGCUGAUGAUGAGCCAGCUGGAAGCGUUCUGAAGUGCCUGGUGGGCCUGCCUCCAAAGCGCAGGCGUGAGGACUACUGUUCAUCUCAGGGUUUCGUGGAGUACAGGAACAACGUGGAAUUAUUUUGAUUUAUUGGGAAUUUCCUCUUUGUCGUCCCGUCUACCUAAACCUUAAACGUGAUGGAAGCACUUCUAUUUUACAUCGCAUAAUUUCUGCCCAUAAUUGAAAGAGAAAAGUUGCUGCUCUGGCCCUUGAUAAAAUAUACCAGAUGGCUUGUGGCCUUGUGUACAUAACUUGAAAGGCUGCAUGUAGUUGUAUUUGGGCAUUGUUUAUGCAUAAAACCGUGUUAUACUUGUAGUCUGGAUGUUUACGUAUAGAGGGAAACACAAUUUGGUUCUAUGGUUAAUCUCAAAUAUUACCAGAAAACCGAGAUGUGACUUUGUGUGUGUGUGUGUGUGUGUGGGUGUGUAAAUGGUCAUAAAUGACUGCUUAAUCCGUUCUAGAUGUAUUUGAAGUCUACUGAACCGCUGUACUCUAAGAUGUUAAAUGUCUUUAAGUAGUACUUGAAAACUAAAAUAUUCAUGUAGGCUUUUCGUAGCAUAGGCCUGCAUAGUGGUGUGGCUUCUACAUUCUUGAUUAAGUUUCAGAGUGACGUUGUGGGUUUUUCCCAAGACGCUUCACUGUUAAAAUGGUGCCAUUCAUUUUCUUGACAGGCUUGUGUUCUGCGCUCAGACUGUAUUGCUAGGUGAGUCCCAGACCAUCAGCUCUUUGGGAAGUAGCACGGCUCUUACCAACUUCCUUCCCUUCUUCCAGAGAUCUUCCCCUGCCCCGGGCUGAGGAUAAAGGACGGGCCCAGGGGAUGGCUGCUGUGCUUUCGUUAUCCCCUGUGAAUCACAGCAGCUCCUACCUAAUUCCAUCUCUUGGUCCUGACCUGGGUAGCCUUGCAGUCCGUCCACUUUAGACUACUCAUUUGCCCACCUGUCCUCCUCGGCUUUGCAAUGGAAGCUUUUCCUGAGGAGAGUAGCAGAGCUCCCCGUUUGGCGAUGCACUGAUAGUACUUAUGGGUGCAGCUGUGUUCUCUCAAGCACAGUGGAAACAGUGCUUGUAGUUCUCAGUCAAUGAGCCCCUCCUGUCCUGACGUUUACCUGGAACCCCUGCCAUGCCUGUUGGUGCCUUCUACACUUGGGGCUGGCAGGCAAUCCUGAAUUUUAGUAACUGUAGAUGAGGUACAACUUUAUAACCAGUGGAGCAUAAGAAAAGCAAUUUUGUGAAACUAGCCAACAUGUCUUCCUAACCCAGAAAAGAGAACAAAUCCCGCUGGUGAUCUGAUCCACAUGGAUCUGGGAUGAACAGCAGUUCUUUGGAGUUACUGCUGGGAAUCAGUCUUGUCACCGCUAAAGAAGCCUCCUCAUUCCGGGCUGGUCCAAGACCAGCAGGGUGCUCUCAAUAAGAAGUGUUCGUUAGAGGUCUAAUGAGUCCUUAGCUCGUAUGUCUGUCCGCAGGGGCAGAAUGCCAACUCUGGGUGAAACCCCCAGUCUCCUUAAGCUCCCUGCUGUUCGCCAAGCCUCUGGCAACUCAGCCAUUGUGCCGGGAGCCAGAGGGUCAGGGAAGCAAGGUGCGUGCUGCCAAGUACCGAGGGCUGGAAGCUCUGGACUCCGGGACAAGGGUGCCUGUCAUAGUGUAACUGGUUCUCCGCUUCCUUUUUCUUUUUUUUGGUGGUACUGCAGAUGGAACCCAGACCCCAGCUUUGAGCCACAUUCCCAGCUCUUUAUCUUUUCAUUUUGAGACAGGGUCUCCUUAAGUCACUAAGUUGCCCAGGCUGGGUUCAAGUUUGCAGUUUUCCUGCCUCGGCCUCCCAGAACCUCUAUUUACUUUUUUUCUUCACAAGAGAACCAUUUUUCAACUUUACUUUCCUCUCCAUAUUUAAAUGAUCAGUAGCUACUGAGUGGUGCUUCAACUGCAGACCUGGAUUGAGAUCAAAUAGAGAAAAAUGGGACUGGCUGCUGGCAGGAAGGGAGCUGCCUCGAGCCCCUGGUCCCCUGCACAGUACCUCGGGGCUGGUCCCAGGGAGUGCGGUUGGCUGCUCUUUUCGCAGAUCAUCCGUGAAUGAUUUAAUUCAUUAUCUUCAGUUGCAAUUGUCUGAAGCGAGUACAAGUGAGGAAUGGAAAAAUGAGCAAUUUGUUUCAUUCUGUCUGGUUAAUUUUUGGUUCAGUAUGUAGGUACAGUUUGUACCAUUUCAGAUGUGUACUCCAGACAAAAAUAUAACUUGAUAUAUUGUGUUUAAAGAAAUUUGAGUCUUCUAUUAAAUUAUUUACCUAA